ACCAGCUAGUAAAGGGUUGGAGGAGGAGAAAUUCCACCUUCCACUUUGCAAAGCUUGUAUUUAAAGGAAGGUAAGGUUUCUGUUCUGUUGCAUAAGAGAACUGGCAGAGGGAGAAAGCAUAUGUGCAGAAUUCUUUCUUUAGCACACCACCAGGAAUACUUUCUUUAGUAACCUACCAGAUGGCAAAUAUGAUUGCUGCUUUUAUGUUCAUUAUCUUCAUGAACUCCUUCUUGGACACAUUUGGUGAAAGUACCAAACCUGCAUUCUGCAGAGAGACAAGGGAAUGCUUCACCUUUCAAACCCUAUGCCAAACAAAGGAUUAUGACGUCCGCAGUUAUAAAGCAUCUGUUUGGGCUGGAACUGAGAUGAAAGGCAGGUUAGCAGCCACAGUAACAGCAUUUUGGCGCCUCUUCCGCUACAUACAGGGCAAAAAUGAAGGCGGUGUCAAGAUUAACAUGACAGCUCCUGUUAUAACUAAGGUUUCUGAAGAUGCCAGCAGACAGAAGAAGUCUAAAAUGUACUUCCUACUUCCAGCUGCAUACCAGGAUACACCACCAGUGCCCACCGACAGUGACGUUUUCAUAGAGAAUUUUCCACCACUGACAGUUUUUGUCAAUUCGUUUGGAGGAUGGAUGACAUCGAGUAAGGAGAAAAAGCAGCUAAAAGCACUUGCAGAUUCACUAAACAAUGACCAGCAAAAAUACUUUGCCAGUGUGACCUACUCAGCGGGGUAUAACAGUCCUAUGGAGCUCACUAACCGUCAUAAUGAAGUUUGGUAUGAAGCUGACGGACAACCCAAGUGUAAUGGGAACAAUCGUAAAUGAAGGAAGGCAGCACAUACCAAGUUUGGAAUGGCCACUUCUCCCUGGCCAAUCAUGUCUGUAUCCAGCAACUGUAAUGAGAUUGUUGUUCCUAUUUAGUAUUUAAUCAGUAAAACUGAACUUCACAUCUGCAAAGUCCGCCAUCUUAGUCUCACAUAAGAUUACUGCUCUCAUAUAUAAAUCAAAGUAAGGUUUGAAAAGUAUGUACACCUCUCCUUCUCCUCAUUCAUCUCUCCCUUGUUUUCUUUCUAUUUCUGUUUUCCCAUCUUGUUUUUGUCUCUUUCACUCUUUCACACUCCUUUGCUCACUUACUCUCCAGUUCUUCCCUAGCUUCUCAACUUAACUGCUUCACUUCCUACAAUUUCUUACUCACUGGAAUCAUCCCAGUACCUGAGAUUAAUCUGCCUGUCUCUCUCACCCAUCAUCUGUUGCACACAUUCCUCUGUCUCUCUCUCUCUCUCUCUCUCAUACUGCAUGUUAACUUGGUUCAUUUCUUUCUUAUAAGUUAGCAUUGUGUUUAUACUGCAAAGUUGGUAUUGUAUUCUGUUGUAUUGUACUAAUUUGCAUUAAAUUUAAUUGAAAAAUAAA